AGCAAACGCGGGGUACUCACUCGCACGCAUGGAACUGUAUAACUAGCCGUGAGAUCAGUGUGCCUCUUGAGAAGCUGCUUUGCAUCAAAGGCCAGGCACUCUUGCUAUGCUUCACCGCAAAACUUUCUGUAUGUCUAACCGCGUAACAUAUUUCCACUGCGGCGAGGCUAACCUUACGAAACCGAAUUUCGCAACGUUUUUUAGACCCCUGCCUCUCUACCAGCCACUACCAAACGCUUGUCUGCACGUCACUUGGCAAAGGUUUUACCACCUGAUUCUCCCCCGUUGGGAGUGGGUGCCAAGGAAAGCAGUUGCCCUGCCGAAGCAUUUGCACCAGCCUGUUCGACCACUGUUUUACCGCAAUAUAUUUGUGUGUUGCGGUGAAGCAUGCCGAUAGCGGGAAGGAUUUACGCGAAUCGGGUACGCGGUUUCAGUCAGCGACGAGCCUAAUGUUCUAGUCUCAUCGACAAAGCAGAUUUUCGCGGCAGGAUGAUAUUUUGCCAACUUUUGGUGGCUAAAGCCAUGCAUGGCCAGUUAGCUUUUGUCAUUAUCAAUACGCUUUACCGCAAUACAGAAGAUGCCUCACUGCAGGACACGCCAGCCGUAGUUAGCCGAAACACUACGUGAUAGUUCACCGUAAAACAUCCUGUAUUCCAGUGAAACAUACUAAAGCAUGUAGCGUUCCUAACUAGAACGGCAUGAUCUCAAUCAGACUAGUGUCGUCCGCCAUGUUAUUCUAACUUCUUCAUCCUCACUUCUCCCCUAGCCCACUUAGUCUUCUUUCAUGCAUCCAGCGCAGACCGCUUCAAAGCACAUUUGUCAGUUUAGAAUGUAAAGACCCUUGCCAUUCGCUUUUGUGAUAUUAUGACACUCAAUUUAAUGAGAACAUAUUCGCAACUAAAAACAUCCACAUUGAAUGGAGACAUGGUCAUUGAUGGCAGCCUGCGUGAUGUUUUAUCCCUUUGCUUUGUGUACCUGUCAUAUUGGCAUUAUUAAAAUUUGCUGUAAUUCGUAAGGUGCUGACGUACAUAAUAUUAUAUAGCGAGGAGUCACUGUGUAAUUAGUGUUCAAGGACCAGUGUGAUGGCUUUUCUCAAGUAAGGUUGGUGUUAAGUUGUUGUGAAGGUUUUUUUAGAGAGGUAGUUUUCUGAGAAGAAAUGAGAUGUCAGAAGAUAGACCUCAGUGGUGCAGUAAUUUUGGCUGCCUUUUGCUCAAGUGUGCCCUAGACAUUAUUGAGUGAUUUGAACCUGCAACAGGACAGCAGCCUUAGCUUGGGAGACCAGUGGUAGGGCAUAUUUUUUAAAAACUAGGUGACACAUAGCGUUACCAAUCAAGCAGAUUUCUGUUUAAAUGUGUCACCUUUAACACCUAGAUUUUUCGACCAUGAAUUCAGAAAAAAUCUGUAGCAAAUUUAGAUCCUACAUUUUUAAAUGCUGUAUAAGUUGUCUUCUUUUUCACUACAGUUGCGCUCGGCUUCUGUCCAAAUGGGAGAGAACUUCUGCAUAGCUUGUUAGGGAACAUUCUUAUUUACAUACCUUUUAAUUUAUCUUGCCUACAAUUAAGAUCAGAUGUAUAUAGUACACGAAUGUGCUAUGCAUGAACCUAACUUACAUCGCUAUGCUCAAUAGCACAGUGCAUGUAGCUGGUUUUGGUUCGUUCAAGCUAAGCAUUACUACAGCUUUUAACUGUAAGUAUCAUGGUAUGAGAGCAGAGAAAUGGAUAAAUGGAUAUGUGAAAACAGUUGGGUGCGUUGAGACGACUUUUUUGUGUAUGAAAAAAAAGUGGCAGAUACACAAAAAUGGGACAGAACACAUGCGCUGUCGUCUUUUCUCGUGCAAAAAAAAAAAAAAAAAAAAAAAAAUAGAUGAAAACCGAAGGAUCAAGGUUUCUUCACUGUGCCAUAGAAAAUAUGUUUGCUCUCAAAGGUAAUUCUGACUGAUUGGAUUUGUUCUUGUGUUCUGUUUAUUUUCUUUGGUGUAUUUUAUUUUUUUAAACAUUACUGUUUCAAACUCGUUUUUAUUUUUCACAGGCUGAACAUCCCACGUCUUGGUUUGACGUCCUGGUACAGGAUACUUGCACUUGGCGUGGAGUGAUGAAGCAGACCAGUGUGGUUUCAUAAAUGCGCAGAUUUUAGCAUUAUACCAGCAGCUCACAAAAAAAAAAAAAAACGUGCUGAAAAUAGUGUUCCUCCCCACAUUCCUAGUUUUCUAAUUAUGCUUGUACGUAUUCCUGUGUUCUCUUCAGCAAAACCACUUAUAUGGGGAAUUGAUCGGGAUAAGUGCUCGUGAGCGUUUUAAAAAACGUUUAAACCGUUUAAAGAACGUUUUAAAGCCUUUCUACUGGUGCACCGGUAAAAUGUACACGUGCAGUGAAAAUGAAACAGAAGGCAAAAGAGCAAAACACCAAUGGUUAAUGCGGUAUUUGUCAGACUUGUAUAUGCCAAGAUACAAUAUACCAAGACAGAGAAUUCUAGCACUACAAAGCACCCAUCUUUCAUGUUAGGCAUACAUCACCACAAGGUGUUCAGAAAAGAAAUGCUGGCUUUAAUGAGAAAUAUCCAUGUUAAAAGCAGCCGUGAAAAAUGUAUUGAGAAAUUAUGCAAUGUGUAGCAUUUACUCAGUUCAGAGAAGUUCCAAAGCUGCCAUAAAGCCUUGAUAGCUGCGGAUGAGGGAACAUUUGUAGCCCUAUCUGGAGCAUGAGAAAUGAACAUUAAGAUGGAAACAUGAGUAGCAACUCGUAAUGCAAUUAACAAAUCUUGCUAUACUUUUAAAAAGACAGUGAAAUGAAAUUAGAGUUACACUUCCCUUCUUUUUUCAUUUGGGUUGAAUACACUGAUGGUAAUAACACAAGAAAGCAGAGGGGGUGGGACACAUUAGAAAAAUGCUAGUAUGUUUUUAUAUUCUGCCUUCUCUUCAUUCAGACUUCCGUGCAUAUACCUCUGAGCGCACCACUUUUACACAUCUCUUCCCGAACCUUUCCGGCAACGGAUGGGAAGUCAAAAGCACAAGUAUCCGCGAAAAAAUAAGAAGAAUGAAAAUAAGAACGCUUUUGGGAACAGACGAGGGUCUCGAGUCUCGGCGCAAAGCUGAGCCGGCGCUGACGCUGCUCACCCCUCGCUCUCCACAAUCGAUACCAUUCUCGUCGUCGUCUGCAGAGCGCCGUCUCUGCGGCAGUAGAGACUCGCGAUGCCGGAUACGUGCACGGGGAAGCUGCUCCGACUACGCGGGGCGCUCGGCGGCGUCAACUGGCGACCGACGCGGUUCGCCGUGGGCGGACUGCAUCCGUACGCCUGCUCCCUGUGCGGAGUGAUUCCGAAGCACACGCUGCUGUUACCGUGUGAACACGCGCUGUGCGAGACAUGCAAGAGCGGUAGCCUCGAAGAUGACGGAGGCGUGUGCCCGCUGGACCAAGAGCCUUUCGUCGAGGACGAAUGCGGAAGAAUCCCCCUACCGCUGAGGAAACUCAGCAGCCUCAAGGCUCGCUGCUGGAAUGAAGCCCGAGGCUGUCCCUUCGAGGACACCCUGCCGUCUCUACUGCGCCAUUACGAGGAAGAGUGCAACUUCCACGCAGUCGAGUGUCCGAGAUGCGGCGAGGUAGCCCUGCACGCUGACCUGGUGGCGCACUACAAGGCUGGCUGCCACGGCCGGGUGCCAUCUGUGACAGACGACGAACCACCGCGGUACGAUAGCGUCCUCAGAGUUGGCGACAUCAACGCAGCGUUGGAAGAGUUCAACGCGCUCUUGAGCCAGCUGUACCAGGACCAGCUACCGACAAUGGAAAGCAAGAUGAACGAAAUCACCGAGCUGGUGACGAACCACGGCGCGCUGCUGCAGGAGCUUAGGCAAACUUUGAGGGAAACGCAGCAGAGUCUAACUUGCAGGCAGUCGGAAACGGCGCAACAACUUUCCGCCAUGUUUGACGAAAAACUCCAAUCCCAGGUCGACACGCUUUGUUCUAGGCUUCGGGACGCCACGCCGGAUGAAGAGCGCCGGUCGCCCAUGCCGUGGUGUCAAGAAAAGAGACACGUGCUUCGCAGGUUGGACGUCAUGGUGACGCAAUCGCUUGGCUACCUGAGCGACCUGCGCCACGCCACAGUGCGGGAUGUUCCGCACCUCGUCGCCCGCUGCGAUAUGGCGUGCGACCACAAGGAGAGAGCUAUCGUCGAUCCGCUGUACUCGUCUCAACUGAGACUACUGGAGCGCUUCACCUAUUGCCUGAACCUGAAAAACGCAGACAAAAUCGGCCACGAUUAUAAACGUUCCGGCAGAAGAGUGCUGGACGUGGUCGAUCUGUGGCACUGCAAGGAUUUGUAUUUCAUCAUCGCCAUCGCCCUCGAUGACAAUCCGGGCUGGUUCGAAGUCUGUGUUCAACUGGCUGGAACAGUUCGAACCUCCAGUCUGAACCCUUUCGUCAGGAGUGUGGAACUGCAGGACAAAGAUUGCAGGAGGUGUCGGUACUUGCAGGAGGCGGAUCCGAAUAACAUGUCGGGUCAUCGCUCGAAAUGGAAGAAUAUAUUUCGAACUGACUACUGGCAGCUGCUAAGGGAUGGCUUCUUCGAUGGCGGAGAGGCAAAUAUUAAUGUCAUUGUCUGCCACGUUUAGACGCAGUUGGCGCCACUUCUGCAGAUUAGAGUCUCGCAAAACGACAAAAAAAAAUAGAAGGCCGGAAUUGUAGUGACCGUUUUACGCGUGUUUUGAGAACUGUGAGGAAACGACCACAACUUUCGGGGUGCGUUUUAAAACAAUGUAACCAUGGGCUGUAUAAUGUGCCGAAAUAGUGGGUUGUAAGGGAAGCCGCAGUGGAGGGCUCCGGAUUAACUGUGAAAACCUGCUUUUUUUUUUUUAACGCGCCCCCGAAGUACGUUACACGAGCGUUCUUGUAUUACACCUCCAUGAGAAUGCGACCACCGUGGCCGGGAAUAGAACACGCUACCUCGUGUUCAGCAGCUCAGCGUCGUAGCCACUGGAGGGUGGACUGCAAUGAAAGUUAUUCGACAGACUCGAGUUAUUUGUGGCAGCAGCAAGAAAUGAAGCUCUGCGACAAAAAUAUUUCCUAUUGACCAUUGGCAACGUUGCGAUAUCAGUGGUGAAGGUAUACGGAAUAUUUAAGGGGGUGACAGCGCGCUCGAGUGGACUUUCUCGAGUGGACGAGAAAGCUAAUCGCGACAAUAUUGAAUCGUUGUUAGAAAGCGGUCAUUUUUAACCGAAUUUUCAAAAUGCCGAGUGCAAUGUUUGGCGUAGCGAGACUCGCAACGUCUCGCGGUACAUCAAAUGUUGUAAGCGUUCGCAGUGGCGUGCCAGCAUUCUGCGCAUCCAUGCCUGUAGAUUUCUAGCUCGUAUAUGCCAAGUUGUCUUCCUAAUAGGCUUGUUAUUCUGUGCGUGUGAGGUCUAUAGAGACUCUACAUCGAUAUAAAUUGUUAAAUGUUCAAUUUACCCCGGGUUUGCUAUUGUUCCACAUUGGCUUCCAGAUGUGUGCUACAUUGCCGAUACUAUAUGGACAUUUUCCGACAAAAUAUCUUGAUGUUGCUGUUCGUGACAAUGGCGAUGUGUUAGGCGGUUUUCAAACAUGACAUUCCGUGCAGACAAGUGUUCCGCCUUAGCGACGCUUGCAGUAUAGAAAAUGCGUCAUAGGUUUUCCAUGAGUUGAACGGUCAACUAAAGAUGCAAGGAAAGGACGCAAGUCCACUUUUCGCGCUAUUCGCAGUUUGGUCAUAUCCGCCGUGAACAUACGCACAAACAAUAUCUGCAGACUUCUCGAUGACUCUCUAAACAAACUUCUUUUUUCUUGUUUACCAGAGCGGUUCUGUCCCAGAUCCGACAAGAUAAAGAGAUGAGUGGGCCACGUGCACUCCGCAGAACGCACCGCGGACAGAAGCUAUAGCGCCACUCGGAGCCCUUGCCUAUAUGGGCUGUACUGUGAACCGAAAACUACCAGUGUCAAAUAACAACCUUAAGAGCGUCCCCUCGCUGCAAUUCUUCACGCACAGCUCUGCCAGGAAGACUGAGGAAUUGCUUUGAUGGCGCAUGAUGUGGUAUAACUUCGCUAGAAACGUUUAGUCCAACACUGUUGCCUCACAACGUUAAAUUGUUGAAUGAAUGGAAAUGUGACAUGAGGUGUAAUCAUUUCGUUUUCAACAUGUAUGAAAAACUACAGCUUUCGCCAUUCGUUAUUUCGCAAUCCAUGUCCUGUUUCGCGGCCUCAACCCCUCGGUUCGGUUUCUGCCUACCGCGCAAUGAAGCACGAACCCGAACGAUCGCCUCACGAGUCAUCACUACCCUCGCCACUCGCACUUCGCCCGAUGUUCUGAUGUCGCGCAAUGUGAACCCGUGUGAGUGCUUGUCCCUACACUGUCCUGCAAUAAAAAUAAAAGAUUGUCCUGGUG